CCGUCCGGGGAACCGCCCUGGGGGUCAAUUGUCGGUGUGGUGAGAGGGAGUUGGAGGAAUUGGGGGAGAGAAGGGGUAAACAGAAAGUUUCAGAGACGCGAAAAAAAGACGUGAGUGAGGUGCGCUUCGGAUCGAGCCGCAACCAGACUCUCAACUCAGACUGUAGUCGCAGGCGCAGGCGCAGACGCAGACGCAGACGCCUCCUCCGCACUCGAACUCUCAAACUUUGUCUCCAGUGCAGCAGUGUAGCAGUGCUAAUCUUCGCUUUCUCCUUUUUCUCCCUUUUGUUAUGCUGCAGGCCAGGGCGGAAAUGCGGUAUCUGCUCGCACUCUCACUGCCGCGUUCUGAUCAUUCCCAAUGCAGUGCUGUUUCCUCCCCCCAGACCGCCUUGAACCGCAGUGUCACAUGCGCUGUUAUGUUCGCUGCCCAGCUCUCAGAUGUUUCAAGGCCCAACCAGCAUGCUCAACCUGUGACCCUCGGACUCCCAGUGCUCAGGACCCUCGUUGCACUGCUUGCUUCUUUCAGUCAGAUCUCUCUCGCCAAUCUCAGUACUCCUGCGACACAGGGUACAAGAGAUCUUGGAACCCGGCCCUAUGCAUUAGUUUCUUUGCUUUUUUACAGUGGCCCGUCACCAAACCAAUUUAUUCGCCGCCUCAAAAACUGGGCUUGGGUCGCAUUGGAACCAAAUGGGUCUGGGCAGGCAAUCUGUGUGCUGUGGGCGGUUUAUACUCCGGCGGACCUAGCCCCAAAGUGUUCUGGGGAGCCACCCAGUUGGUAGUGUAGGGCCUGUUCGAGGUCUCAGGUCGUGGACUUAGUCUGAACUUGUGCUCCUAAAUUGUCGACUCGCAUCCAAUCUGGAAUGUCUCCUUGACGGAAGUGGCGUUUCUUUUUCCCAAUCCACAUCAUCAGGGAAACU